AUGCACAAGGAAGUAAUGAACAAGAACGAACAACGCGUCCUGAAAGCCAUGAUGAAGACCGACAGCUAUGAAAACUGCAACGUGACCGAAGGGGACUACGUGUUAUGGUCCCGGGUCGACGAGCGCAGUCAUCCCAAGCUGUUGGUAACGUGGUUGGGCCCCUACCGAGUCAAGGAAGUUGGCGAGUUCUCUGUCAAAAUCGAGCACUUGAUCACUCACGAAGAACGUGAAGCACAUAUGUCCAGGAUCAAGAUGUAUGCGGAAUCAAGCUUUGAAAUCACUGAAGAAAUUCUCGAACAC